AUGACGAUCGCCAUCACAAUGAUGUUCUGGACCUACGAGUACAAGCACAUCCGGCCAAGCGGAAGGAUUGCGCGCCACGGGGAACGGCUGACCCUCUGUCUCUGCAUUGCGGUCAGCGACGAGCAGCCCCAGGGCCGCACAACAGCAUCGCAAGCGAGAGCAUCGCCCUACUGUAUCUUUACGACCCGCUACGGCACGAGCACCAAUGCCCAUGGAGGUUGGUAUCUCAAGCGCGUCGGCUCCUUCACCAGGAUCACGCCACGAUUCAACAUCAUGGGUAAAUACGGCACCUACGUCGGCACGCACCCCAAGAAGAAGGGUCACGACAUCAUCCUGCAGUUUGGUAACAGGACCCCAGCCCUCCAGCCCAACUGCCGUGGUGCCGACAGCAUGCAUGCCGCCAACGGCUCGACCCCCUCUCCGAGCGCCGCCAACAGCCUCGCCGACGCAUUCAAGAGAGCCGCACACAGCGCGGAGGAGAUCCCGUUGCCGACUGUCGUGGACCAGGAUGAGGUCGCGGAAGCCACGGUUCCCGACACGUGCCCAAGAGACACACCAUCGGGCCCAGCCGACGACGGGCGCGAGGUCCAGGUACGCGAAGAAGAGGAGAGGACCAGCGACCUGCCAGGCAACGGUGCUAUGUGCUCUCGACGCGAAGGUCCUGUGCCUGAGGAGGGAGACAGAAUCAUGGUCAUGAAAGAAGCUUGGUUGCAGCUCGUCAUGAACCGUUUAAAGACUCUGGAGAUCCGCGGCGCACCGGCUGCGUUGGGGAGAACUUGGCUGGGCUGCAAUGGCCAAAUUCACGGAGCAGCCAACAUCGUCAACUGCAGCAUCAUCACGGAGGCAGACUUCCAAGCCACAAGAGCGCAGCACAGGCACUUGGGAGAAAUGCCCAACUACAAGAAAACGUACGCCCUGGCUUUGCAAGAUGUGACGCAGCUCGAGCCAAGCAUCGACUACUAUCGGCUGCCAGCCACAUCGCCGUGGGCGGUGUUUCGCACCGGACCAACUGGCAAAGCGCGUCGGUCGGGGGCGCAGAAAAGAACUUUGGAGCAAGCGCAUGACACGAAGCCAUGCGAAGACGUGCCGACGGAGCUCCGAGCCGAAGCCAGCCCGUUGCCGCUGACAUCCGGCAUGGUGGACCAAGAAGAGCCUUCGCUCGGGGCAGGAGACCGGACGGACGAGCAUGACGACAGGAACAAGGAGUGA